AGAAGCAACAAAGUUGAUAUUUUCCUUUAUCACAUAGGCCUUAUCCACAUUGGCAAGAAUUAAAGCCACAGAAACUGCCAUCCCGGAUUUCAUCAGUUGAAUCCUUCACUGGCUUGUCUUCUCCGAAGCAAAAGUAUCCAGAGCCUAGCCAUGGCUAUUCCUUUGCAACCGCUGUCUCUUCUCGAGGUUUGUUCGACCAUGGAUGAACUUAAGCAGAUUCAUGCAAGUAUGUACAAAACAGGCCUUGUUUCAGAACCCAUCCCUUUAAGCAGACUUCCCGCUUUCUGCAGCUCACCGAGUUCCGGCGAUAUCAAAUAUGCAAAAAUGCUGUUUAACAAGACUAGCAGCCGAAAUACCUUCAUGUGGAAUGCAAUGAUCAGAGGAUACUCCGACAGCCCAGAACCAGAACAAGCCCUUCUUCUGUACAGUGAGAUGAUAAGUAAUUCAGUCCCACACAAUACCCACACCUUGCCUUUCCUACUCAGAGCCUGUUCUAAGUUGCCAUCCUCAGAGGGGACAAUGCAAAUCCAUGCUCGAGUUGUGAAAAUGGGAUUUGGUUCGGAUGUCUUCGCCAUCAACACCCUGCUCCAUGCAUAUGCCGUGUUUGGCAGAAUGGAAAUUGCACGCCUCCUCUUCGCCCAGGCUCCUAGACGAGACAUCGUGUCGUGGAAUACAAUGAUUGAUGGAUAUGCUAAGUGUGGUGAAGUGCGGGUAGCUUUCAAACUGUUCAGAGAAAUGUCGGAAAGAAAUGUAGUCUCGUGGACGUCGAUGAUUUCUGGCUUUGUAAAAGUGGGAAUGAACAAGGAGGCCUUAAACCUGUUUCAGGAUAUGCUCAUUGCACGUGUUAAACCUGACAAUGUAGCUCUGGCAAGUUCAAUUUCAGCAUGUGCACAUCUUGGAGCAGUGGAUCAAGGCAGAUGGAUUCACAUGUAUAUUGACAGAAACCAGAUAAAAAUAGACCAAGAGCUAUAUUGCGCACUGAUAGACAUGUACGGCAAAUGCGGUCACAUGGAAGAAGCUUUAGAAGUUUUCAUUAAAUCGAAGAAGAAAUGUGUCUCCAUAUGGACAGCAGCAAUUUCUGGUUUUGCAAUUCAUGGACAGGCAAGAGAAGCAAUGGAUUUCUAUAUGCAAAUGCAGAAAGCAGGGAUCAAGCCAAAUUCGAUCACUCUUACUGCAAUUUUGACUGCAUGUAGCCACUCAGGACUAGUUGAUGAAGGAAAAUCAAUCUUCAAGAGCAUAACGUCAGUUCACAACUUGAACCCAGCAAUUGAGCAUUAUGGUUGCUUGGUCGACCUUCUUGGCCGAGCAGGGUUGCUAAAGGAAGCCAAAGAGGUGAUUGAGACAAUGCCCAUCGAGCCAAAUGCUGCCAUUUGGGGAGCACUCCUCAAUGUCUGCAAAAAGAAUGCAAAUGUCAAGUUAGGCAAAGUAAUUGGGAAGAAACUGAUGGAAGUAGACCCUGGACAUGGCGGUCGAUAUAUUCAUGCAGCGAGUAUUUUUGCAGCAUCAGGAGAAUGGGACAAAGCAGUGAGAAUAAGAAGAAUGAUGAAAGAAAAAGGAAUAAGAAAAUUUCCAGGGUGCAGCAGCAUUACCAUAAACGGGUCUGUUCACGAAUUUUUUGCUGGCGACUGUAAACACCCGCAACAUAAGGAGAUUCACCAGAUGUGGCAUCAGAUAGUGGAGAGACUAGAACUGGAAGGAUAUAGACCUGAAGUUGAGAAUUCGCUCCUUGAUCUUGAGGAUGAGGAAAAAGAGGUAGCCAUUCAUCAGCACAGUGAGAAGCUAGCAAUUGCAUUCGGGUUAAUCAGCACCAAACCGGGGACGACCAUUCGAAUCUUUAAAAACCUUCGUAUUUGUGAGGACUGCCAUGUAGUAACAAAGAUGAUCUCCAAGAUUUACUCUAGGGAGAUAGUAAUGCGGGAUAGAACUCGUUUUCAUCUGUUCAGAGAUGGAAUAUGUACUUGUGGGGACUUCUGGUGAAUAAAUGCAGACACAUGUAAGCACAUGAAAUUAAAAAUCGAGCAGUA